GGCUAACAGCAGCUAGCGCGAGCGCCACCAGUUGCUGCUGUAAUGUUCGCCUGUCCAGCCGGGGUGGACUCCUCUGCCAAGGCGCUGUCCUGCACUACUGUUGCCAUUUGGAUAAGGCUUCACUAUGCGGCGGGGGGAGCACGCUUCCCAGGCUUUCCAGGCCCCGGUGGAUGUCCAUGCCAGUGUAGAUGGGCAGAUCUACAUGUUCAACAGGAGGCCCAAUGAGUCUACUGCCUCCUCAGAUGAUGAGGAGCUCAUCGUCAUGGAGAUGAGGCCGCGAGUUUCACUGCAGGAGCCGGACAGUCUGAGGAACAUCCAGCUGCUGGAGCGGGAGGUGCUGGACGGGGACAACCUCAACAAGCUCGCACUGCAAUAUGGCUGUAAGGUGACGGAUAUAAAGCGGGUGAACAACCUCAUGCAGGAACAAGAUUUAUUUGCACUGAAAACCAUCAAAAUACCUGUUCAGAAACACAGCUUUUUAACCGAGUUGCACACAAGUGACCCUCAAGAAGAAAUGCCACACUCAACCCCCACACCAGUGAAGCCUCAGGACCGAGCCAGAGCCCAGCCACACCUGCAGGAGGUCACAGACUUCCUGAUGGAGGUGGACCAGGAUAUCGAGAAACUGAUUCAGAACACCAACGAUCAAGAUGAAACUUUUUUAGAUAACUCUGAGAAACAACAAAGGUUUGGUUUCAAAGGACAGCCUCUGAAGAGUCACGGCGCAGACUGGGGCAUCCAGUGGUGGAACGCUGUGGUGGCCAUGCUCCUGAUCGGCAUCGUCCUGCCAUUAUUUUAUGUCAUUUAUUUCAAAACAAAAGAUAGUGGAGUAGCUUCACCAACAGAUGGUGGAGGUGCUUUAUCUUCCAUCCCCUAUUCAAACACCUCGGGGACAGGAGCCGAACACUUCCAAGAACCAGGAUAAAGCACACCGGAAUCAUUUUAAGACUGAUGAUAUUUAAGGUGUCAAUCAAGAUAAAGCCAACUCUCUUAACAUUUUCACACAACACCCCCGUGUGUCAGUGACAUUUUCUUUCUGUUUUAUACUAUAUCUGUGAUGCUUGAGGCAGAUACUCCAAUGACUGUGUUGAAGAGAAAUGGAUGAAAAAGUUCAAAUCUUUGUGAUAUUUUUAGAAAACUAACGGUUCUUUCUUUAAAGAGUUGAUGUAGUAACAUUUCUUACAAUAUUACUCUCGGUUAUGUUACCUCAGGUGAUUUACAACAUUUGAGGCUGAUAAGUAACUGUUGUGUCUUGAACCUCCUCACAUGAACACAGCUGAAUAGUGAUACUAAAUGUAUUGUGUGUGUAUUCUGAGGGAACACAUCAGCUGUAAGUAUUUCUGUGUGGGCUUCACUACAACUCGCCUUUCUAUCAUUGCCUUUUGCCAGUAUCAACAUAUCAAGGGUCAUCAUAUCAUUGUCAUGUAUCAAGCAUAAUCAUGACAUCUGUCCAAUACAGUAAUAUAUAUAUUUGCAAUACUUUAUAAUAUGAAAAAUGGGAGAAAAGUGUAUGAGGUUAAACUAUAUUUGACAUGGGUUUGAGCAUUUAUUGUGUGCCUUGAUUGAAUUAACUUAUUUGUGGCUGUGUUAUUGUCCACUCAUUGCCAUGAACAUCAUGCCUCUCUCUGGGUCUGAAUUCAGUGCCAAAAGUGUAACAUGUGUUUACAGUAAGAUGUUGGUACAAUAUACUUUAUAUUUUACAUUACAUACAUUUUACGUGACAUAAAAAAGUGCCUUAAACCUUCAUAGUUAGGUUUGUAUGGUAUUAAGUCCACCAUGAGCAGGUGGUGAAUUUGUGUGCCAUGUCCAAAGCACUUUUUAGAGUCUAGUAUUGAAGCUGGAUUUUGUUUAAAAAUGUUCAAGUACAUUUGUAAACUAAUUGGUGUGCAAGAUGAUUUUUAUUCAGCAUGUACCUACCUGAAUACAAACCUAAUAGUGUGAAUUUAAUCUCUCACA